AUGGAAUGCAUACUACUCCCCUCCGAACCUGACAGCGCAUCUCAAGCAGAGAUUUCCCAAGCGACUCUAAAUUCGCAGCUUAGUACCAGUAUUACCUGCCAGGUAGAGGUUCGCUGCGAUCCUUCAUCAUGGUCUCUUCGAACUCGAGAUGAUCACGGGAAAGAAAAGCAAAAAGGAGGCGAUGAAAUGUAUGUUCGAUACGAAGAAUUUUUUCACACCGACGACGGCGAACGGGUUGUCAGUCUUCAGGCCGUAGCUUUCAUCAAGGACAACGGGGAUGGUUCUUACGAUCUUUCUUUUUCUACUACACCAUGGUACCCUGAUAUGUCAACAGACGAAGAAUCUGAGCAUGACCGAGAGCUGAUAAUCUACAUCGAAUAUUCGAACCAUAUCGGAACAUUACCCCCACCACAAAAGUCUAAGUGGGAAAAUGGUGGUUAUACUCACAAAAAAUAUUCCUGCCGUCCACAUCAGAGACCACCGAUGCAGGCAUUUAAACCUCCUUUUACAAAAGGAAACUGCAUGAAUCUCAGCGAUUUUGAUCAAGUCUUUGCCUUCGGGGACUCCACCAUGGAUCAAUUUGUGCGACAACGUCCCAACAAAAAGGGCAAAUACUACUUUCAACCCAAACUCAAAGUGGGAGAAAAGAUGAGACUCCCUAUGAAUUCUGAGACGACGGACACUCACCUGCAGUUAUUGGACGAGCAGUUUGGCCCGGAACUCAAAGCAUCCACUAGUUCCGACAGCACCGCCUUGAUCCUAGGGAGCUGUUUGUGGGACAUUCUGGACUACCAAGACACUUUGCAAGGAAGUGAUUACGCCAAUCACACUGAAGCCUGUCGAAACUACAUUGAAGAGAUCCAGAAACGAUAUCCAAACGUCACCCUUGUUUGGAAGUCUCCUAUGGCUGUCCAUAUUCAUUGGGUGGAUUUGGAUCGAUUGAUACAGCACGAACAAGACACUGCCACUUUAUUUGGCGUUGAUCGGGUCCGUUACAUGAGUGCCUCGAGAUCCAAGUUUCUAUACCAGCUGCAAACAAAGCUAAUGAAAGAGCUUCAAAUUCCAGUGCUGGAUUUGUUUGACGCCACCUACCUUUCAGCCGACAAGCUCUAUCCCAGUGACGGACGCCACUACCGCCCCGAGCUCAAUCGUAAGAUGCUACAAUGGUUCUACAGGUGA